AUGACCUUUUGUGAGACUGAGUCAACUACUAUUUUGACAAACUCCAGCGAAGACUUCACAAUAAAGGCCUACUUCCACAUGAGGCAGCUACAACUUGGCAUUGUAGAACUAGUACUUGGCCCCGAGGGUGCUGAAAACCCGAACGCUCACGAUGCCAUCGAUUUCAUAGACCAGGAACCUACGGCCGUUUCAGAGGUACACCGAGAUCUCUAUAAUCAUCAUGCAUAG